AUGAACGUAAAAAUCGUCACUAUACUGGUUUUAAAUAUUCUCGUAAUCGGCGGACUAGCAGCGGAUGAUGUUAUUGAAUACAAAUCACAUACGGAUAACUAUGACAUCACAACAAUUUAUAAAACAACGCCGGAGUAUAAUGAUGGAGAAAAAAGCAAUCGAUAUCCUUUCAAUAUUUUUUUGUGUCCCGGAUGCUAUGAUGCAAAAAUUUAUUUGAGAACUAAUGCUAUUGGUAUGCCAAUUGAAUUUAAUGGAUCAAUUCUGAGUUCCGAUAAGAAAAGUUUAGAAUUCAUAGCAGACAGCAAGUAUUCAAAAAACAUUUUCACUCGAAACCAAAUUGAAUACAACAUUGGAGAAUGGACCAUCUCGAGUUUAUCUAUGUCUGAUCCAGCUGCAUUUCUGAACAUCUAUCCCUCUUAUGAAUUGCUAUUGUGGAAAGCUAACAACAACGCAGAAUCGUUCAAAAUCAAAUGGAAACAAAGAAAUUUAAUUAAAAUGUGUAUAUCUGUAUCAUAUUUACUAGGAAAUGAGUCGAAGUGUACGUUUUCAAUGUACCUAACUGAUGAAGAUAAGCUUGACAAAGGAGUCUUAUAUUCUAGUAAUAUUAAAGAAUCGAAAAUACUAAAAACGGUAUUGUUCAAAAGCAAUAACUGGUUAUAUGAAAACAAAACAUAUAGUUUAAAUUUUAAAUUGGAAAAAAAAAUAUCAGAAGUUAAAACUGACGGAUAUGAUCAUUAUGGAUAUUAUACUUAUAAAACAGUAUACAUGGAAGGCUGUGAGAUUGGAAUUAAACGAAUAGCUCAAUGCACAGAUGAGUAUGAAAACGAAGAAAUAUUGACAAUAACUGCAAAAGAAUUACAAAAGACACCAUCUGCAGCAGCUUCGUUAAACAUCAAUGUUUAUCCAUUUGAAAAUACGAAGCGGAUAAGACAACCUUUGGAGUGCCUUAACGGAGGAUUUUCAGACAAAAACGGCUGUACGUGUCCUCCUGGUUUCAAAGGCAAUAAAUGCGAACACGGAUGCGGACCUAACACGUUUGGCGCUGACUGCACCGGAAUGUGUUCGAUUCAUAAAACACACUGUCGGCAGAUGAUGUUUUGUACCAACAGUUUUGGGUGCAAGUGUCCGGCGGGAUAUACAGGAGACGAUUGCACCACAGAAUGUAAGAGUGGUACGUAUGGCGUAAAUUGCGAGCAAAAUUGUUCGAAGAGAUGUAGUUCGACAUCGUGUGACGUUUACACUGGUAUUUGCAACAAAGGAUGUACGUCAAGUUACAUUGCACCGGCUUGUGAAGAAAAGUAUCCGUGGCUCAAAUCACCGCCACAACUAGAAUCGUCGGAUUUUAGGUCACUAAAAUUGAAAAUUGAUUUUACUUCGGAAAACAUACUAGGCAGUAGCAAUGUUAGCUCUGACUAUUACCAAAUCCUAUUUAAGGCCGCUUCAAACGAAUCGAAAUUUCAAUACUUGGAAUUAAAAGAACUCAAACAAAAGUCCGUAAUAGAAGUCAUAGACGAUCUCAGACCGGGAAUAUCAUACACUUUCGGCGUGAUCCUAGUAUCAGAAGACGGAAAUUACAACAUAGAUGAUAUCAAAACAGUAAAUUACACGACCAAGUGCCUAACGCCAAGAAACCUAAAUUAUGAUGUCAACUUAUCGAGUGGCACAGACUACAUCAAUGGAACAAGAUUAACGAUCAAAACGAAGAGGACUCAACAAAGUUAUUCAGAAGAAGUAAAAUCUAAUAAUAAUUAUGGAUAUGUGUUUGAAAAUCUACUAUCUGGUGAAAAAUACGCAGUUCAAGUAACAGCAAUAUCAGCUACGGGCCAGGCUACACCAUCAAAAAUAUCAUAUAUUUACACCACACCUUAUGGAUUUGUUAAAAUAAAAAACAUAAAAGCCAAACUAAAUCAGAGUUCAUCACUGAUAAUAACGUGGGAUGUUGACGAAAAAUACGUAAAUACGGCGUUUACUUAUGUAAUUAAAUACAAGGUCAAUAAGCAUUUUAGUUGUUCAAACGAAGUAAUUACAAACAACUGGACGUCGCUGUUAGCUUACAAUCAGACAAGACGCGAAAUUUGGGAUCUGAUACCGAACACACAGUAUGUUAUAAAGGUUGACCCAGAAAUUAAAGGAUAUAAUUACAACGACUAUGCUAAUGUUGUUUUUGUAAAAACGCCUAUCUCUACUCCCAAAUUAACACCUGCAAUUAACGACAGAGAUGGUUCGUGUGUCACCAAUCAAAGCGCAUACUUCAAUUGGACGAUAAACAAGGCCGAUUGUUCUAAACUAAAUGGUUUCUUUCGAGGAUACCAGAUCAUACUUAAAGAUAUAGUAGAAGGCACGCAAGUAGAAAACUUUGUUAAACAAAACACGGUGAACUACGACGGAUUAAAACCCGACACAAAAUACGAACUGCAAGUAUACGUACUGACGAAUUAUGGAUACAACUGGAAACAAGGAUUGUUGAUACCGUUCAAAACCAAAACUAAAUUUUCCGUACCGGUGUACGAAUUAAUAGUUUACAAGAAAGACUUGAAGCACAAAUCGAUUGGUAUCCGAUGGAGUUUCCCUGACGAAAACAUCAUCAACGGUUUUAUUGUCAGCGCAAUCGACGAGAAUAUGAACAGUACAAAGCAAAUUACCAUAGAACCCAAAAGAUGCAUUGCUUGGCCAAAAUUAUAUUGCACUACUUUUGAGAACCUAAUACUAAACCACCAAUACACCAUAAAAAUUAAAGCCAAGUCGAUAGACUAUCCUACAGGUGGCAGUGCGGCAUCAGUCGUCAGCAUUUUCAACGACGGGUUUGCAGAUAAACCGGAAAAUCUCAGGACAACAGACGUAGGCUCCACGCAUAUUUCACUGGAAUGGGACAUUCCAUUGAUAUUCAACGGUGUGCUGAAAUCGUUCAUAGUGAACACCGAAGAGAUUUCGUCUAAAGACAUAGAUAAAUGCUGUGAUAGCAAACCCGAUAUAGAGAUUCCGAUAACAGAAGAACUCCCAACUUAUAACUGCACGAUAAACCACUUGAAGCCCGGUUCCACUUAUUCGAUCAGUGUAUUAUCGAAAACUUCGUUAUAUGGUCAAACUAAUAGGAUACACGUGACGACCCUAUCCACUCCUGAGGAGGCUGAUAUCAUUGAUAUCCAUCCGGUAAUGACACCUGAAACACUGCAGAUACCAGACAAUUUUACAGAAAGCUUAUUGGAUUGGAGUAUUGAGGUGUCGACUGAGUCAAGUGGACGCCAGGACAGCUGGGCGCUAAAUUUUUAA